CAGUCCUCCAGAUUAACAGUGGACGAAUGGCAGAAGCAGCACUAAGGUAAACUUAUUUGAAUUUUAGCAUAGCACGUAAUGAACCCGCGAAUUUUUCAGGCCUCUACCGAUCGUGCAUCUUAGGGUGUUUUUUUUUUGUUCAUUGUAAAAGGUUAGGUUAGCUACAUUAUAAAUACUUUAAAACAUUGUGGACGGUUGAUUUGGUUAGGAUAGCUACAUUAAAAGAUACCCUGAAAUCACGUAAACGGUUUCCUAGCCCUGGAGAUAGCUACAUAUUAAAAAGUUAUUUGCUAAGCAACCGUAAAAUGAUUUAGCAGUAUUUUUUUUUUAUGUAGCUAUACUUAACCUAAUAUAACCAACCUUUCCACAAUGUUUUAAAGUGUUUAUAAUGUAGCUAACGUAUCCUAAUCGACCGCAAAAUUUAAUGCCACGCGUGAUAGAACGGGAGGGAAAAAAGCGAGCAUGAACUUCGGGGAACUUCGGGUGUGGCUCUCUCGUCUGUGACAUGAAGGCUACCCGCCAGAGACACACUCAACUGCAGGGACUGUCCCAACAGCGCUCUCUGCGCUGCUGGUCGAACCAGGAGGAAACGCGACCUCCAGAGCUUUGAAUAUACACACUGUAUAGAAGUCGCGAGUGGAUAGGAUUUACUCUACGUUUUUCAGAAGCGUAUGAUGAGCAGCUUGGGAACUUCACCGCUGCAGUGCGCUGCCGUAACGCCCUGUAUCGUCUUAGUUGUUAUUUACACGUGAGAGCGCAGCACUGUCGCCCGCUGUCAUUCCCCGCACCCCUCAUCCAUCAUUCACUGCAGCUCAAGGUCGUUCGGGGGGGGGGAAGGGGUGUUUGAAGAGCUCGACACUUGUCCGCUAGGGACCACCACAAGUCGAUGCCCUAGAGAUGGUGGCGAUUGCGGCGGUGAAUUAACUAACUACCUCAAAACCGUAUUAGAAUUUUAACCUGGGCUGGCGACUUCUAUACAGUAUAUAUAUAUUCAAAGGCCAGAGCAUGGUAGCACCAGAGAAUUACACUACAUUAUUUAUUUUUCUAUUGCUCAACUAUUAUUGAUUUUUUUAAUCAUUCGUCGGAAAGGGGAGGGGGAAAUUACCUCUAAGGCCCAUUUUCUUCAGAGCUCCUUAAUUCUAAUCGCUUCCUACUUUAUUGUGGUUGUUUCUGUCCACGUUUCUGGCCAUAAAAUUCCUUAGGUUGCCUCACUCAUGCCGUGGUCACGUCUGUAUGAUUACACGGUGAAUUUAUGAAGCCUUUUUUUUUCUUCAGCUAAUUUUUGCGCCAUAUUUGUUAGAUGCCCAAAAAAAAAUUGGCUGAUGUGUAGUGUUUUGCACUGUGAAGACAGUUUUGAAUUAAUAUUUUUUUUAAAUGAAAAACAAUUGUUUUUAAUCAUCAGACAUUAUCAGGCACCAUCUCCACAACGUUUCAGACGGAACAAUAUGGCGAUGACGAGGUUAAAAAGGGGCUUCAACUACAUCACAGCAAUGAUGUCUCCUGGCGAUUACCAACUCCGUUCCUAUAAUAAGCCCAUACUCCAUAGACCAACACAUGCAAUGGAUGCCCACUCCAUAGACCAACACAUGCAAUUGGUUCCUACUUCAUAGACUAAUACAUAUAAUUGAUCCCCACUCCAUAGACUAAUACAUGCAAUUGGUGCCUACUUCAUAGACUAAUACAUACAAUUGAUGCCCACUCCAUAGACUAAAACAAUGGAUUCCCACUCCAUAGAGUAAUACACACAAUGGAUGCCAACUCCAUGUAGUAAUACAUGCAAUUGAUCCCCACUCCAUAGACUAAUACAUGCAAUUGGUUCCUACUUCAUAGACUAAUACAUACAAUUGAUGCCCACUCCAUAGACUAACACAAUGAAUGCCCACUCCAUAGAGUAAUACACACUAUAUAUGCCAACUCCAUAGAGUAAUACAAUGGAUGCCCACUCCAUAGAGUAUAUAAUACACACAAUGGAUGCCAACGCCAUAGAGUAAUACACACAAUGGAUGGCAACUCCAUAGAGUAAUAGGUAUUUCCACGGACCCGACCCCCAGGACCGCGUGACUGGCGCCCGGCAGGUAGCGGUGACUCGCCUGGGAGCGUCAUGGCCGCCGGACAAAAGGAACCCACGUGACUCGGCCGCGCGGCUUCCGGUCCCCACGUCAUCCCGCACGGCGUCCUUCCGGCCCGCGGCUUCCCGGUCCCUGGGACAGUAGCGGCCCUCGGUGGCAGGUACCCGUGAACAGGGAUGCACCACAACGCCGAAAAAUGUCAUUGCAGGACUGCCACAAAGGCGGGCGCGCGGCGCUGUGCCUCCCGGGGCCGCGGCACGGACGACACAGACGGCACGGAGGAGCCGGAACUGGAGCUGCCCGAGGAGCCGACCAACUGCUGCAUGUCGGGCUGCACCAACUGCGUGUGGAUCGCGUACGCCGAGCGCCUGGGGCAGGUGUUCCGGGACGGGGGCCGGCGCGCGCGGGAGACCGUCCUGAGCCGGGUCAGCGACCCCUCCAUGAGGGCGUUCCUGCUCACCGAGCUCAGGGCGCUCGGCGGGGAGAAGAAGCAGCCGUGAGCCCGCUCUCGCUCGGGAAGUACCUCCGCCGUGUUUGUUCCUCCCCGGACUUCAUCCUCUCCGAUAGACAACGCAUCUGAACAAGUGGUCUCGUAUGUGGACGGCCGUUAUACGAAAUGAACCUAGCAACCUAUGCCCGUCUCUGAGAAAACAAGACUAUAAAGUUACUGUUAGAGAUAUCAAAAUUUCGCUCUUUCAUUUGGUUGCAAUCCUCCACACUCUCGCCCCGUGUUUAAUGAUUGGACCGCAGUUGUUUUCUGACGCGCCCCUGUGCGACCGAGGGUCAACGAUGUCCCGCCAGGAGAGUAGUAAGCAAAUCAGGUAGUGCCAACUAACAAGAACAAAAAGACCCUCACUAAUAAAUCAGCCAACGGAAAAGAAAAAACAUAGGUUCGAAACACCUGGGAUUUUUAAUUCUAUCCUGGACGUCGGACGAAUCCAUGAAAUUUCAGCUGCUUUAGUUAUUGUUGUCGUGUAAACUCUGGCUCGAUAGUGAGUGGUUGGUUCAGAGCAUUGCAGAUGGCAGCACAGAGUACAAGAAGCUUCGUUCUAUUUAUGUAAACAAACUUUAUAGGUUUCUUGUGUACUUGGUGUGGGUUACUUGAAAAAAAUAAAAUAAAAUGUCAUUCGGUUCCUUUUAUAUAACAGCCAUCCAUUUAACGUCUCAUUAUUAAGAGAAAGUUAGAAUUAUUGUGAAAAGUGUUUUAUUUACUAAAAAGCACUUUUGAAUUAUUUUUUUUUAAUGUUGUGAAUAUUAAAUUUUUAGACUGUACAUAGAUUUUUUGUUUGUACAAUUUUGGUUUUUUAAAAUAAAAUAAAAAAAAGGAUGUAUGGGAAAG